AUGUUCAUUCGUGUCAAUGGAAUCCGAGCUUCGUAUAAUUGGAAAUGGAAAGUGUCAGAGGGCAUCUGCGGGAUAUGCCAGCAGCCUUUUGAGCAGAUGUGCUCCGAGUGCGAGCACCCCAUAGAGUGCAUUCCUUCAUUCGGGGCAUGCAAGCACUGCUACCACAAACACUGCAUAAAGAACUGGAUAGCAACCAGCGCGCUCUGUCCCAUAUGCAGAGCAGAGUGGAAAGAAAAAACAGAUACAGAAGAGUAG